AUGUCGACUGAACCCCCACCACCGUUCAUUGGGCGAAUGCUCGCACUGUUGGAUCCUGCCCAGCUCAUGGUGUUGGCCAUGUCUCACUACGUCCGUGUCUGCGCCGAAGCCGUCUUCAAAAAGGGUCAGGUGUUUGCCCCAAUCACCCAGACCGGAAGACUCCGCGAUGAGGCAUUCGGUAGAUUUUGGACCGAGUUCACCGCACCACGCCAAAUGGCUUCAGGUCCAGACAACUCCGAGACCCCCGAGCUAGUCGGCUCCUCAGCCCUAAUCCCACCCCUCCUCCGCACAGCAUCGGGGAUUGUCCUCGACAUCGGUCCAGGGACAGGAACCCAGAUGCCCCUACUAACUUCACCCGCGAUUACCGCUUUGUACGGUGCAGAGCCAUGCAAGAGCCUUCACGAUGUGAUCCGCGCCAAAGCCACCGCAGAGGGCAUCUCAUCCAAGUACCAUAUCGUGCCAACCGGCGUGGCUGCCGCAGAGCUCCUCCCCGCGCUGCGGAAGACAGGCACCGGAGUCACGGAUAAGUAUGAUUCGGACCCCCGCGCUGGCAUUUUCGACACAAUCCUGUGUGUACGAGUACUUUGUUCGGUGCCGGAGAUGGAGCGCACUGUAGGCGAGCUUUAUGGGCUGCUGAAGCCCGGUGGCCGGCUACUGGUUACGGAGCAUGUUAUUAACCCGUGGCGACGAGCGAAGGGAUCGCUUGUCGGACGGUUUGCUCAGAUUGUUUACCACGCUCUGGGGUGGAGUUGGUUCGUUGGAGAUUGUUGUAUGAAUCGUGAUACUGAGGCGGCUUUGAGAGCUGCUGCUGAUGUUGAUGGUGGGUGGGAGAGUGUUGAGUUGGAUGUCUCGUUUGAGUGGUCGGCUUUGCCUUACAUCUCUGGAACUCUGGUUAAGAAGUCGGCUUGA